GAGAAAAUUAUUGCAACGACUUUUUUCACGCGACAACGCGUUUUUUCAGUUUCCUCUUUUUACUUAUUGUUUUAACGUCCGCCAUGUCAGAUCAUAGCGAACAAGACAUUGUCAUUGACGAAGUUGCCACACCCGUUGCUGUUGAAAAAGCUGCUGACGAGUCGAAAGAGACCGCUGCUGAUGUGAAAGAUGCAUCUGAAGGAAAUUCAGGAAAAGAACUUGCAGCCAAUGGAUGCAAAGCGACCAUGGCUGACGACGAUAUCGACGGUGUGGACACGGACGAUUUGUUGGACGAAGCUGAUGAAUAUACGCAGCCCAUAAAAGCCAGUCCGAAGCGCAAAGGAAAAGCGACAGCACGUUCUCGUGCAGGAUCCACCCGAUCGCGCGUCAAAAAAACGAAAAGCACCGACGACAUGGACGUGGAUACUGGUGAUAACAGCGGAACAGAAACUUCCAAACGCAAAACUCGCCGCAAGCCGGCUGCUAAGAAAGCAGCACCCAGCAAACCAGACACAAAGUUGGUCCAGACGAAAUUGGAUAAAGGAAAAAAGGUCAAAAAGAUCGAAUUCGACCCUGCCUAUGUUAAACAACUCGCUGCGGAUUAUCCGGACAGCUAUUGGACACAUCAUGCUGAUACAGAGUACCAUAUGAUUGACGCCAUCAACGAAGAUAAUCACGUGGAAGCGGUUGCUUGCAACAUAAGCGAUCAAGCUCCCAUCACCAGUAUGGCGUUAUCCACGGAUGGUACGCUGCUUGCGACAUUUUCAAAUAUUGGUGCUUGCAAAAUCUGGGACAUUGAGAACGACUUUAAGCUUGUUCGCAAACUUCGUGACAGUGAAGAAGCAAACAUUGACGAGUUCUACUGCGGCAAAUUCGUAUCCGAGACGCAAGAGUUGAUGGUGGUUGGCGGUAAAUUGAAGGACCGACAUCGAUGGUCAGCCGAAGAUGAGGACAAUCAUAUCUUGCCUUGUCCUAUCAAGAUAUUCAAUUUAGAGACCUGCACAGUGAUUGCUAAAUUGGAAGGCCACACGGAAGAAAUUCUAUGCAUCAAGACUGUGAAAUUUAAAGGCGAAAACUACUACAUCUCCACUAGUCAGGAUGGCUAUAUCCGAAAGUGGCACAUGGCUUCGGAUUGGACAACUCUGUUGGAUUCAAGUAAUAUGGAGGACGGCGUUACCUGCAUGGCAUUUACCGUGUCCUUUGUACCAAACACGGGCAACAAAUACUUCUUGGCGGCAUGUGAUGAGCAUUUGCGACUGUAUGACUUUGAAGACAAUAUGCUUUUACAAACUUUCGAAGACAUGUAUUCAUCUUAUUGUGAUUGCGGCAAAUUUAUUCGCUGGCUCGAUGAGGAUGCAUAUAUGCAGCAACAAAAUGAAACAGUCAAGAAAGAAGAAGACAACGAGACACAAGUAGACAAAAUGGAUCAGGACUCAAAGCAAGAUUACGCGUGGUUCAUCAGUAGAGGCGCUGAAAUGUGCGAUGUCAGUGACGGUGUUUCUUCCAAACCAAAUACUUGCACAUUACACAAACUGAUAUACCCCAAGGAGACUGGCGGAAAAUUUGAACUGGAAGAAACCAAGAGAUUCAGUCAUGAAGACUAUCACGCCAAUUCUUGGCUUGUCAAGAUCACAUCCAACGGUCGAUAUAUCUUGGCCCCCACUAUUUACGGACAGAUAUUUGUAUUCAAUAUCCUGACCGGGCAUUUGACAGCGAUUCUCAAAGAUCAUGAAGAUAUCGAAGUACGCGAUGUCGUCUUCCACCCUUACCGUCCGUUAAUCUUUUCAUGUGGUGAUGAUGGUUUUGUGAAAGUGUAUACCUACAAGAACACCGAGGACGAUCAUAUUGAAAAAGAUUUAGAUGUCGGAAUGACCGACCAAUGAACAGGGAGAAAUGCCCCAAAGUUACGCCCCAACCUGUCUCUAAACAAUUAAUGCAUGCACUUUUUUCCGGAAAGCAUUUCUUUUUUUUUCCACAAUUUUUGCACCAAUAACCAC